UUAAUUUUUUUGGAUUUUUAUUAAUUUGUGUACCCUUGCGUUACAUUAGGUAUAAAGGCGUUGCCACUUCAGCGCCAGCUCUUUCUGUCACCAAUUUUCAAAUUCCGAGCGACUUGCUCCCAUAAGUUGAUUUUUCAUUCUUCACAAAUGAAUUGAAAUCCAAUUAUCUGAGAUUUCGUUCUCUAAUUAUUUAUCAAACAGGAAAAAGAAAAAAAAAAUUAUCAGUUAGCAAAAAUUGUGAAGAAUGGGUCACAGUUCGAAGAAGAAGAAGAAGCGCGGCGGACGAAGGUCACAGUCAAAGGACCACAACUCAAUCGCCGCCGAUAACUCUGAAAUUAUUGCCGAGGAAGUCACCGCCUUGUGUGCCAUAUUUCAGGAUGAUUGCAAAGUUGUUUCUGAAUCACCUACUCAAAUCAACAUCAAAAUCAGGCCGUACUCAAAGGAUACUGGAUAUGAGGAUUCCGAUGUUUCUGCCGAGCUCUCAGUAAGAUUUGUACAAGGUUAUCCAUACAAAUGCCCAAAGCUUCAGAUAGUACACGAGAAAGGCUUAUCUAAAACCGAUGCGGAAAACCUUCUAUCUCUACUCCAUGAUCAGGCUAAUUCUAAUGCUAGAGAAGGACGUGUGAUGAUUUACAAUUUAGUUGAGGCUGCUCAAGAGUUUUUGUCUGAAAUUAUCCCACAAGGGCUGCCACAAGAAUCUGUAAGCACCGUCUUUUUUUGGUCUGUCUUAAAUUUUCGUUCCUGCUCGAGUUUAUUGCAGAAAUAUCACUCAUUUUUCUUUUAUUGGUUUCUUGUCAAGGUUAUGUGCCAUGAUAAAAGUCGGCAGCUCUUUGAAAAGGAUGCUACUGUGCCAAGUGGCAAGAUCUGCUCUUUUGUCUAUAGUCAUGUAGAUCUUUUCAGCGGCUCGGGGGAGUUGUUGCACUGGAACCUGGAAAUGGAAGAUAACAACAAAAUAAUAAAUUCUCAGAAAUUUGACGGUUUGAAGCAGAAAAAUAUUGAUUCGGACAAGCAAUUAGAGAAGAAUACGAAGCCAAUAGAGGUGGAAAGUGAUAAAGCAGAGCAUGUAAAUAAGCAUUCGUUAAAAUUAGGUACACUUGAAGAAGAGAGUGAAUGUGAGACAAAAAGUACUCAUUCGAGUAGUGGUGAAUCAGACAGAAAUAGCACCAUUGACUUUAAGAAGGAUAUUUUUGCCGAAGGAAAUCUAUCAGAAACUGAUUACGGUGAUUUGGAUAGUGAUUCAGAGUCGUCAUCCUCUGAUUCCACUGCUCAGUAUCAGCUUACUCAAACCGCCGAGAGAGAUUUGCUUCUGGCCCACUUGCUACGCCUUGCCUGUGCUCCCGAAGGACCACUUGCUCAUGCUUUGCCGGAAAUAUCGUCAGAGCUCCUCAACAUAGGGAUAGUUUCAGAAGGCGUGCGAGAUAUGGCUAUUAAACCAGCUUCGUCCUUUGACAAGACUUUUGAUCGUGUGUUUAGGAAGCACAUUGGUUCGUCAAAAGUCUCCAACUUCUGGAAAACUGCUCCUGAUUCUGGAGGCGAAAGUUCAUCUGCGGUUCUUAAUUCCCGUUAUUUGAAUGAUUUUGAAGAGCUCCAACCUCUUGGUCAUGGAGGAUUUGGUCACGUUGUGUUAUGCAAGAAUAAGUUAGACGGUAGGCAAUAUGCCGUGAAGAAGAUUCGGUUAAAGGAAAAGAGCCUGCCUGUAAAUGACCGCAUAUUGAGGGAAGUAGCUACUCUUGCGCGAUUGCAGCAUCAACAUGUUGUACGGUACUACCAGGCUUGGUAUGAAACAGGAGUUGUUGGAAGCUCUGCGAAUACCGCAUGGGGUUCGAAAACUGGCAUGAGUUCCAGUUACAGCUACAAGGACACAGGUUCUUCAGACCAGUUUGGACACGAAAAUAAGCUCGAGUCAACGUACCUAUAUAUUCAGAUGGAGUACUGCCCAAGGACACUGAAGCAAAUGUUUGAAUCUUAUAAUAACCUGGAUAAAGAACUCGCAUGGCAUUUAUUCCGCCAAAUUGUGGAAGGCCUUGCACAUAUACAUGGACAAGGAAUCAUCCAUCGCGACUUGACUCCUAGUAACAUAUUUUUCGACGCGCGCAAUGAUAUCAAAAUUGGGGAUUUUGGUCUCGCAAAGUUUUUGAAGCUGGAGCAAUUGGACCAGGAUGCAGAUGCUAUCGAAACAGUUGGAAUAUCUCUCGACGGUACAGGUCAAGUUGGCACUUAUUUCUACACUGCUCCCGAGAUAGAGCAAAUGUGGCCGAAAAUUAACGAGAAGGCUGAUAUGUACAGCUUAGGAAUUGUGUUCUUUGAACUGUGGCAUCCAUUUGACACAGCAAUGGAGAGGCACGUUGUGCUGUCUGAUCUGAAACUAAAGGGAGAGCUACCUUCUGGUUGGGUCACCGAGUUUCCGGAACAGGCGUCCUUGCUUGUGCGCUUGAUGUCCCCAAGUCCGUCAGAUCGCCCGUCGGCCACUGAACUUCUUAAGCAUGAUUUUCCACCGCGAAUGGAGUACGAAUUAUUGGAUAAUAUAUUACAGACAAUUCAUAGCUCCGAAGACACAAGUAUUUACGACAAACUUGUGUCAGCAAUUUUCGAUGAGGAUUCGUUGAGCAAAAAGGACAAUCACGAGACUGUUGGAAGAGUUAGAGACGAUACUUCAUCAAUUCUUUUCACGGAUGUGGACACUGCUAAUCGUGAUCUAGUUAUCGAUAUUGCUACAGAAGUUUGUAGACAGCACUGUGCAAAGCAUUUAGAGAUCAUACCGAUGAGAAUACUCGGUGAUUUCCAGCAAUUAAAUAGGAAUACUGUGAAAACGUUAACCCAUGGAGGAGAUAUGAUUGAGUUUUGCCAUGAGCUACGCUUUCCCUUUGCAAAGUGGAUCAUCGCAAAGCAGAAAACAUUUUUCAGGCGCUAUGAAAUAUCAUAUGUAUACCGAAGAGCAAUUGGCCAUUCACCUCCAAAUCGGUACCUCCAGGGGGAUUUUGAUAUCGUUGGAGGAGCAACUUCGCUGACAGAGGCAGAGGUUAUUAAGGCGACAAUGGACAUUCUUUCUCAUUUUUUCAAUUCGGAGUCUUGUGACAUUCAUUUAAAUCACGCGGACUUGAUGGAAGGGAUAUGGUCUUAUACAGGAAUCAAAUCAGACAAUAGACAAAAAGUAGCUGAGCUUCUCUCGCUUUUGGGUUCCUUACGACCUCAAUCUUCUGAAAGGAAGUCAAAAUGGGUGGUAAUUAGACGCCAACUUCAACAGGAACUUGGCCUAGCUGAUGAUGCUUUAGAUAGAUUACAAACUGUAGGACUAAGGUUUUGUGGGACUGCAGAUCAGGCAAUUCCUAGACUAAGGGGUGCCCUGUCUGAAGAUAAAUCCACAGGCAAGGCACUUGAUGAGUUGUCAGAACUUUUCAAAUACUUACGAGUUUGGAAGAUUGAUAGACAUGUGUUUCUUGACGCACUUAUGCCACCAACUGAAAUCUACCACAGAAACUUGUAUUUCCAGAUUUAUUUAAGAAAAGAUAAUAGUCCGGUAUCACUAAUGGAAGGGACACUGCUUUCUGUUGGUGGUCGUUACGAUCACUUGCUUCAGCAGAUGGCCAGUACUGAAAAUAAAUCAAGUCCUCCUGGUGCAGUCGGGACUAGUAUUGCGUUAGAGACCGUUUUGCUGCAUUCUUCUCUUGAUAAUAAAUUUUAUAGAAACGACAGUGGCAUUAACAUCCUUGUCUGUUCAAGAGGAGGCGGAGGCUUAUUAGUUGAGCGCAUGGAACUAGUGGCCGAACUGUGGGAGGAGAAUAUCAAAGCAGAGUUUGUUCCUUUGAGUGAUCCAAGCCUCACCGAACAAUAUGAAUACGCGAGUGAGCAUGAUAUCAAAUGUCUUGUGGUCAUAACGGACACCGGUAUAUCCCAAAAGGGCUCGGUUAAGGUCCGACAUUUAGAGCUCAAGAGAGAGAAGGAAGUAGAGAGAGAAAACCUUGUUAAGUUUCUAUCAGAGGCAUUGGCUACUCAAUUUAGAAACCCAUCCAUCUGGAUUUAAACCAUGUCGAAAUUGUCCAGAUGCAUUUGUUCUAAGACGCAUGGAACGAUCUACCGAACAUCCACAAAAGAAAAAAUGAAAUCAGCUAGCUUUGUGGUUGCUAAAUUUUGAAUAUGAGACUUUUAAAGUUAACACCUUGUACAUUGAUAUGGUUUUGACAUUCAGUUUUGUUCGGGCCAAGUUUCGGGUUGGUAAAUAGUUUUUUUUUUUUUUGUACAGGAAUCAGUGAAUCAGUUUGUUUUUCGUUUUUCACCUUCUUCAAGAAAUAUAAACGAAUAAAAUACCUUUUUGAGAUCUUUGUUUAAGUGAUAGUGAUUUUCAUGCAA